GCGGAGCGGCGGCAGGCAAGCAGAGACGGCGGCGAGCGGCGAAGACGCGGGCAUGGCGCGGGGGCCCGCGAGCGGCGGAGACGUGGGAGUGGCGCUGCCAUUCACAAAUCCACCGCGCCCAAAUCAGAAGGAGAGGUAGGUGACGGGAAGAGAUGGAAGGUGGAGGCGACGACGGCCAUGGACUUCCACGCACUCUCUCCCACCGCGAGCUGCAGGCGAUGUGCAAGCGCAACGACGGCCAUGCCAACAUGACCAACGCCACCAUGACCGAUGCCCUCCAGUUGCUCCCCUCGGUGGAUGGGAUCCACAAGAUCGACACGACGGCGCUGUGCCUCCCGACGCCGAGCAGGUUGACGAUGAAGUCGGCUUUGAAGGCCGCCUCGGCGGUCGGCGAGGAAGAGCAGCAGCAGCACGGGAGCCCACUCCCCCGUGGCCGCCGCGUGUCGGUGAAGUCGCUGGAGGCCAUCCAGAUGGACUUCGAGGAGGGUGAGGACGAGAUGAAGCGGGAUCGUGAGGAACGGAACCUGGGCGUGGCGCUGCGUAGUACCAGCCGCCGCGCGAGGGCCACGCCAACGCCAAUCCCAACCCCCUGCGACCACUAGGCAGACCGCCGCUGCGCGCAAGGUGGAGAAGGCGGCGCCGACCCCAGCUACUCUGCGGAGGAGCCAGAGGACGGCUGCUCGGAAGGCCGCUUCUCCAGACUUCGGUGCGUGCCGCCGCUCGCCACCGUCUCCGCUUGCCUGCCGCUGCUUCGGCCCUCACCGCCCGCCGCGGG